AUGAAGACGUCAAUUGUAUUCUUGCUUUGCAUCUCGGUUUUCCCAGGCUUUUCCCAGGGCAGAGUUGUUAGAAAGGAUGAAACUGGUUUUGCCGAGUGUAACGUGUUCUUCUCUGGACAAGUCCCACCCGAAGGAUUUACGGAGCCGUUCCACGUGAAAAUCUGUCAGCAGUACAACAAAGAGCCACGCUUUGCAACCCUCUACAGUACUAAGGACAAAAUCCCUCUUUAUUCAGCUUUUAAGUUUACAAAGCCAGCUCAAAGUGAGGAGGAGAACUGGCUGGUUGAACCGCAGAUAGAUGAUCCAGAAAAUGACUUGCAUGAAAUGGUGCAUGAAGCUGAUAUUGGUGGCACUGUGGCCAACCUUGGUACAAAUCAAGCCCUGACCUCAGACUACGUGGGCUCUGGCUAUGAGAGAGGCCUUCUCAAUCCCAGUUUUCUCAAUGAGAAGGAUUUCCAGAUGGCCACUUACACACUCACGAAUGCUGUCCCUCUGAGCCUGGCUCUGAGCAAAAGCUGGCACAGAGACAUUGGGAAGGUAGUAGAGCAAGCUCUGAUCCCUCACUGUUCCAAGAUGGAUCAUCUAUAUCUCCUUGCAGGUGCAGUUCCUUCCCGUGUCCAAGUUAAAGGCAAGGUGUCGGUGCCAGAGAGCCUCUGGCUGGCAGCCUGCUGUGAUGCUUCAGAGGGAUGGUCCUUGGGACUAGUGAAAAAAACCAAUGAUGAAAACAGCUUGGCAGACCUCACAGUGAGAGAGCUGGAGAAGCAGCUUCUACCAGGAGUUCACUUGUUCAAGGGCAACUGUGGGAAAGACAAACAAAGCCAGAAGAAAAGAGAAGCAGUAUUGCAAGCUGUCAGUCAGAUCCGCUCUGAAGAGCAAGUAGGAACAAAUAACGACCAGGAGACCAAAGAGAAUGGCUUGGUGAGAAGAGUGGCUGGCAUCAUUGCUACCCCUUUCAUCAAACUUCUGGAACUCCUCAUCUACAUCUUUGUGGAACUGGUGAAAUUUGUGUUUUAUUUUCUGUGGCUUGUUGUAAAGCGAGUUGUUGGCACAAUUCUGGGUGGAGUCUGCAGCCUGUGGAAUGGGAUGGUGUCCUACCUUAAAGCCAUCAGCAUGGUGCUCAUCAGCAUCCCCUAUGAUGUUGGGAGGGUCAUCGUCAACAUCUUCCUGGGCUUCCUGCAAAUUGUUCAAGAUGUGAUGUCCCUCACCUACAGGAUCCUGAGCAUCCCCGUGGGAUUCGUCCUUCACCUUGCUGCUUUCCCUUACCACUCCAUCUGUGCCAUUCCCUCUGUCCUUCAGGACAUGGCCACUGGGAUCGUGGGCACCUUCUCGCUGGUCAUCGAUGCCACGGCCGCGGUUCUGCAUGGCUUUCAUUACCUGGCUUGGCACAUCCUCAAACGGUUUGUGCCUAAAGGCUCUUCUGGGGACUGAGAGGAACAGAAACCAAGGCUGCAGAUACAUGGAAUAAAGGAGGAGUGGGGCAAUGCUUUAAGAUACGUGGCCAAACGCUGUCAAUUUCAUUCUGGUAUUUAUUGUAGUGACAUUAAUAAUAAUGAACUGACUGGGGAAUAACAAGGAGGGCCAAGGCGAUGUCACUCGGGGCCGCCACCACUGUAACUAGAGUUCUGUCUGCUGUAAAAUGUUCGGGUUUUAUCGGUGCAGGCCACAAAGUUUCUGUGAUUUGCAGGUGUCAAGAGGCUUCCUCUGGGAAAUGCACACUAAAUGUGGUAUGAGGUAAUUUCUUUCUGGCUAUGAUGACACUGAGACUUAUGCAGUGGCAGUAAGCUCUGCAGAAGCCCAGCCCUUCCAAGGAGCAGGUGGUGGUGGUUAGGGGAGGACAUGAGUUACAGAGGGUUACUGGGACUUGAUGAAAGGAGAGGGAGGCAAGAGUGCAAGGACUUGGGGUGGGAAACAGCAGGGAGCAGAGUGGCAUGGGGCAAGGUCCUGCUAUUGACUGCAUUGCUCAUUUCUCUGGUGUCCCACUGGUGGAGGGGAUGCAGCUGGGUAUAUCGCAUAGUCUUCAGGCCUUUCCAAUCUGAAAUUGCAUGGAUCUUGCUGCAAGGAAGGACUCACUUCCCAUUUUUUUUGCAUGGUGGGAAAGCAUUUUUCCUUAGCCAUACCAAGGUUGUUUUCCCCCAAUCCUUCCUUGCUGUCUGGUGACCACUGAAGGUCUGAGCCCCGAAUCUUCAAGAUGUGGUGUUCUCUGAAGGUCUAAACCCACUAAUACCUUAGCCCUGAAGCCCUCCUGUCUGCUUCAAUUCUCAGCAGAUCCGAGAGCCACACUUUUGGAUUCAAAUCUGUUGCAAACUGCCCUGUCUCCCUUGAGAGCUGACUGCUCCUGAGGCACACAGGGGACUAUGGACUAUCAGGUGGGAGGAGAGGCAGGAGGGAUCCUGGGCUGCAGCACUUGUUUUGCUGGGUGAAGAUCCACACACAAAGUGAUACUUUAAUGUCAGAGGCAGAACCAACUCCUCUUCUGCUCUGCACAUCCUCUCUGCUCACUCUUUACCCCUUCUUCCCUCUGGCAGCAUGAGUCAUGUCCCCCAACAUCUGUGAAAUUGGAGCUGGGGCACAUGUCAGGGCUUUGCAGGGGACCAGCAAGUGUUUGCAGCCAGAUGAAGGGCAUAGAGACAUCUGCCACUGCUGGAGAAGGGCACAGGGGUGCUGCCCUUCCCUGGGGCUCAGCGAGGGGCUUUGGAUCUCUUGGUGCAGUUGCCUGCAGGAGGGAGGCUUCCUGUCUCAGCAGCAUUUACUUUGUUGGGACUCCACAAGGUGUUUGGGAGUCCUGCAUACAUGGUUCCUUCCUUUCACACCCAUCUGUGUCUCUCCCUCCAGCGCCAGCUUGGUGGGGACCCCUGACCUACUGUAGCAUCCCAAAAUGAGUCCCAGGAGUGAGCAAGCUGGUGCUGCCAUCCCAGUAGUGCUGUGUUGG